UCUCACCCUGUAGACGAUCCUCCGCUCGCGAUCGUGCACCCUUUGUCAUUCGCGAGUUCGUAACAUCUAAUCUCGGCUAGUCUUAAUCUCAGAAAAAGUGUGUCAAUGGGAAAAAGGAGUUUACGAAAAACCUCCCAAAAACGUCACGAAAGAUUCGCGCGUGAAUUCUCGAUGUAAAUCUCAAAUUAAUUUCCAGGAAAUAAUUUAAUUUCGAUCAUUAAUCAGUUAGUUUCUUUUUUUAUGAAGAAAGAUCACGUGAUUUCGUGACUGCGAGAAUAUAUUUUAUACCUGACGAGAAGAUACCGAAGAUUUAUCGAAUCCGUCCAAGUUGGAUGUUGAUGGAAGGUGCACGAUGAACGGUGCCUCGUCGGACAACUGACAUGUAUGUCGCAGCUUGAAGUUGGAUGGAAGCAAGACGAAGAAGCAGGGCAAAGUGAAAAAAAAUCUGUUAUCGUUGUGGAAACAAACUAUUAGCGUAAGAUAGCACUCGUCAAGCGGAGGAUAGAGUGGUGGAUUGAACAGUCGCUCCGCUGAAAUAUAUUGUAGGAGAAGUCAUCUACGCCUUUUCCCGACAGUAGACGAUCCGCAGAAAUAUUUCGAAAUACUACGGCACAAUCAUAGAAGAAUCGUUAUUAUUCAUAUACAACGAGACCGCGAGCCGGUAUUACAAUAUUAACAACAUGAAAAGAAAAUCGGAUCUUGUUAUUUAAGAACUGAGAAAAUUCAAGCUAUGUGAUGACUAAAAUUUUCGACGGAGGAAACUAUUGCGGGGAUAUUAUAUUGUUUGUACAAAAACAAUUUGGUGGAUAAUUAAUGUGCGGAACUCUUGUUACGUUUUAACAAAUGCGGUUUCCCUUCGAGAUUACGUUGGAAAAGGCUACAACUGAUUCUUGUUAAAAGAAGAUGUUUUCGUAAGUGAAAUAUCUCGUUUGGAAUAGCUGGAACUUGAUAUGGUUAUUCUAGAAUUAGUAAUACGCAAAUUCCUUGAUUUUUAAUAACUAAAUAAUUCGAGGAUAAGACUUUAUAUCCCGGACGGAGGUUGAAUUUUGGUGGAGGAUGAGAGCAAGCGGUGGUCUCGAAGAGCCGAUCGCGGGACCGACGGGGGCGAAAUAGACGAGCACCUCGGUGACAAGUCCUUACGCUCAUGAGGCGACGAUCACGAUGGAGCCACGUGCGAUGAUGAUGUCGAAUCUGUCGUGCGACGGCUGCGCGGACAGCGACCGGGACUCGGACAGCAGCAGCAUGAUCGUAGACCCGGUGAGUCUCGACAAGAACGACCUGUCGCCGCCGUCGCAGACGUCGUCGAGUCCGGUGAUACCGAGCUGUUCGCCGGUACCGACGCCGACGUCGGCGCCGCCAUCGGCCGGCAGGAGUCGAAGCGGCGGCGGUGGCGGUGGCGGCGGCGGCGGCGGCGGUGGCGGCGGCGGCGGCGGCGGCGGCAGCGGACGCUCCUCCAAGAAAACGUAUUCGAUGAUGUCGGCGUCGGGUCAGUCGGGGAAAUCUGGCGGUUCCGGUCAACCGCCGUCCAACUACGGUUCCGACAAGAUGUCGUCAUCCCUGAUAAAACCACCUUACUCGUACAUCGCGCUGAUCACCAUGGCGAUCCUACAGUCGCCGCAGAAGAAGCUGACGCUGAGCGGCAUCUGCGAGUUCAUCAUGUCCCGCUUCCCCUAUUACCACGACAAGUUCCCCGCCUGGCAAAAUUCUAUCAGGCACAAUCUCUCGCUCAACGACUGCUUCAUCAAGAUCCCGCGCGAGCCUGGGAAUCCAGGGAAGGGUAACUACUGGACGUUGGACCCGUUGGCGGAGGACAUGUUCGACAACGGCAGCUUCCUGAGACGCAGAAAACGAUACAAGAGGCCACCCCCGCACUACGUGCUGCGGGAUCGAGCGAUCAUGGCCACCUUUGCCAUCUGCGGCGACCGGGGACCCUGCCCGGGUGGCGGCGGUGGUCACCCUGGCGCUCUGGCCUAUCCCGGAGCCGCUUACCUGUCGCCACCACCUGGUCUACCGUUGCUAGACUUCUCUCCGUCGACUCUGGAGGCGUUGAAACUCGGCGGCUUCCUGGAGCCGCCGCCACCGCUCUACAAACCGGUACCCAUCACGGCGCCACCGAUCAGACAGAUCGAUCCGACCUCCACCAGGAUUACGACGCUGCCGACCAGCCACGCGACGAGCGUCGACAAGAAGCGCAACUUCAGCAUCGAUGCGCUCAUCGGCAAGCAAGCGGCCAGCGAUCAGAACUGCGGCGCGUUGCUGGAUCUCAGCCCGUCGGAGCACAGAGAGAUCAGAAGCCAGGCGUCCGCUUUCUCGCCGCUCGUCUAAGAGUUCGGCGACUUUCAGACGAACAGCGAUUUUUCGAAAAUACUAAUCACCUUGUAAACCGCCGUCGCAAUCUUGAAAUACGCGACUGCUGAUCAGUUUUAAAGGACCAGAAGUGAUACGACUGAACGUCGUACUCUUGUAGGGAUUCUUGAAAUAUUACUGAAUUGCUAUUUUCCGCUGUUGUCAUUAAUAGUUGGAAUCAAGAAACUUGAACUUCUACUCUUCGAAAUAAAAGAAUGAAAAA